UCCCCUGAUUGGUCACUCAAACUGGUCACCUUGGUAGGAGCGCCACGAAUUUCAGACCGAUCUUCUGUCAUCUUGCUCAUUCCUCCAGGACCUUAUCCAGAGGCCUGCCUCGUCAUCUCGUACAUCGCUUCGAGAUCUGACAUAAGUUAGUUAGGGAGUGCCCUCAAUAGGCUGUGGGAGGGGUGGGAUGUAUCGCUCGCAUCGUGCUCAUCCCGCCAACGGAUCCUCGAGAAAUUUCGCCGGUCACGAAUCCUUGGAAGACGAUAACGCUUUGCGUGAAGAUGAGCUCAAGGGCAAAGUCACGGCCCUGAAAUCGCUCUCCAUCGACAUUGGAACCGAAGUGCGCGAACACAAUCGAUAUUUGCGCGACGUGGACGAUACGUUCGACUCGACGAGCGGAUUACUCGGAAAAUCCAUCAACAACGUCCUCAAAUUGGCCCGGAGCGGCUCACGAUAUCACCUCUUGUACUUGUUUCUCUUCUGUCUGUUCGUGUUCUUCGUGCUCUGGUUGCGACUCUAA